GUGGCGGGCAGGCUCCGGCCGCGGCCCCGCAGCUCCUCGCCGAGGCGGCGCGGCCUCCGCUCCCUCCUUCCUCGCCUCGGUCGCUGCCCGGCCCCGGCGCGAUGUCGGGCGGCGCGGCGAGCGCCCCUAAGCCGCUCCCUUCCUCCGGGCCCAAGUCGCUGCGGGAGAUGCCGCAUCCCCUGGCCACAUCCAGCAGCGAGGAGAUGGGGCCGGCGCUCACCCCCAGCCCCGACCUGCUCCUGCCCCGCAGCAUCGCCGACAAGGAUCUCAGCCUGCCCAAUGGCACACCUGUGGAUACUUCUAGCCCAGCCUCCUCCUCAUCUCUCCUCAACAGACUGCAGCUGGAUGAUGACUUGGAUGUGGAAACUAGAGACCUCUUUGUUACUGUUGAUGAUCCCAAAAAACAUGUGUGCACAAUGGAGACAUAUAUUACAUACAGGGUUACAACAAAGACCACACGAGCAGAGUUUGAUUUGCCAGAGUAUUCUGUCCGUCGGCGGUACCAAGACUUCGACUGGUUGAGAAACAAGCUGGAAGAGUCGCAGCCAACGCAUCUUAUUCCCCCUCUUCCUGAAAAAUUUGUGGUGAAGGGUGUUGUUGAUCGCUUUUCGGAAGAGUUUGUGGAGACAAGGAGGAAAGCAUUAGACAAGUUCUUGAAGAGAAUAACUGAUCACCCAGUGCUGUCUUUUAAUGAGCACUUCAAUGUCUUUCUCACAGCUAAGGAUCUUAAUGCCUACAAAAAGCAAGGAAUGGCUUUGUUGUCCAAGAUGGGGGAGUCUGUCAAAUACGUAACAGGAGGCUACAAAUUAAGAACUCGGCCACUGGAGUUUGCAGCCAUUGGGGAUUAUCUGGACACAUUCUCUCUAAAGCUUGGUACCAUUGACAGAAUAGCACAACGGAUCAUCAAGGAGCAGUUGGAAUACUUGGUGGAACUACGAGAAUAUGGACCUGUUUAUUCAACCUGGGGAGGGCUGGAGGUUGACCUAUCAGAGCCACUGGAAGGAGUGUCUGCCUGUAUUGGGAAUUGCUGUACUGCUCUUGAAGAACUCAGUGAGGACAUGACAGAAGACUUCCUGCCUGUACUUAGGGAAUAUAUAUUGUAUGCUGAGUCAAUGAAGAAUGUUUUGAAGAAGAGGGACCAAGUUCAAGCGGAGUAUGAAGCAAAACUGGAAGCAGUAGCCUUGAAAAGAGAAGACCGUCCAAAGGUACCUGCAGAUGUUGAGAAAUGUCAAGACCGAGUAGAGUGUUUCAAUGCUGACCUGAAAGCAGAUAUGGAGAGAUGGCAGAACAACAAAAGACAAGACUUUAGGCAGCUACUUAUGGGGAUGGCAGAUAAAAACAUCCAGUACUACGAGAAGUGCCUUACGGCGUGGGAGUCAAUUAUACCACUAUUGCAAGACAAGCCAGAGACCAAAUAAGAAGUAUCUUCAUGGACAGUCUUAGCACUUCUGUGCUCAGUACCACUAGGCAUACUGGAACUGUAUGGAGGACUCUUUUUGUUAAGUUAACUGAAAUGACAGCUGCACUUAGUUUUUCAGAGUAUCUGUUCCAGCUGAUUUGAAUUUUUUUUUCCUCAAUUUUUGUGUUUAAAUUGGGGUAUGUUUCAUCUUUUUGAGUUAUCUUGAAUGGUUCCUUCUUUAUUCUAUGGAGUGAUUGGGGUUCAUAGAGAAAGUGCAUGGGGAUCUUGAUAAAAUUUACCUCUCUAGUCUGGAAGGAGCUGAUGAGUGGAACACUAAAAAGGUGAAAAUAAAACUCUACUGCAAGGUGCCAAAUGACAUCUUUAUUACCAUUUAUUUUGUUUGCUUAAAAAAAAUCAGUUCGUAAUUAUUUCUGUGAUACAGUACUCCCUAACCAAUCCUUAUCCUUUUUUUUUUUUUUUUUUGAAUGGAAAAUGAAAGGCUGGGAAAGAAUAUUUUCUGUUUUGCUACCACCCAUUGCUCCCUCUGGAUGAAAUGGUCUCUGUAGACUUUUCUUUCUGGGAGUCGGGCUGGUUCUUGAUAGACGAUACAACACCAGCUACAGAUAGCUGGUGACUGGAAGCAUGAACUGUGGUUUUUGUGAGUGUGGCAUGCUGUUGGUUCAUACUGAGUAUCUUUGUUUACCUUGGUGAUUAUGAAGUAAUGUCAGUUGACUGAAGUGUACUUGUGACUGACUUGGGGAUCAAAACCAGCCUAGCUGCAGGAAUGAGUUGGACUGCGGCCUUUCAGGGGUUGUGGGAAUGGGGGAGGAGGUAUGAGUCUUGAAUUUUCCCAAGCUAGCUCUGGAAGUUGCGUGGUGGAGAUCUCUUACAUCAUGCUUUAUAUAUGGGUUUUAAUAGAGCCACUUUAGGCUUGGUCACCUAAGACGCCUGCUGCAGUAAAAGGAGGACUCUUUUCUUUCCCCAUGCUUUCUUUGCAGCAGCCAAAAGGUGUCCAAUGCUUCCUUCCACCAAGCAUCAGAGUGUGUGAAACUUGCCUUAAAUGGGUUGGUGGGGGAUAGAUGGGUACCCUAUUAGGUACACCUAGUGUUCAUACCUCUCUCUGCUGAACCACAUGGCAAGUCUUUUAGGACUACUUUUGUUACAGGUCUAUUUUCUUAGUAGUUUCUGUUGGCCUUUAGAAUUGCAGCUGCUUCUGCAAGUCCCUUUUUUGUCCUUGCUCUUGCAGUCCAACCUCAAGUAAAUGCCUGCUUGGUAUUAAUGGCCUUAGAAAUGCUGACGUAAUUUAAACAUCCUAGUGAGGGGAGUUGGGACUCAUAUGAGUGUAAUACUGGGAUUUAGGGCAAUAAAUAACUCUGUGCUUACUGCUAAGUUGGAGUGAUUACUUGUUCUCUGGCAACGUUCUUGCAAAGAAUGUGAGCAGUGAUUGAUUUUGUGCAACUUCUCUGUUCUCUUGUAACAACCCACAGGUACUAGUCUGAUUUGGAAAUUAUUCCUUCAUAAACACCAACUGAACAUGCAGCCACCCUUCUCAGCCUGGUGGCUUUAUGGAACUCCUAAGAUGAGUUACUGCAGCACUGUGGUAGCUGUCAGGUUAAUGAGAUGGUGCUCUCUGCUUGAAGAAGUACAAUAUAAGACAUUAUAAAAAAUAGGCCACCAUAGCUCUGUGGUACUAAACAAACUAUGUUUCUUGUUUUAAGAUCAGUUUGUCAAUAUGCACUUUUUGGUGUAAAUGAGAACUCUGGUUUAAAUUACUGUUAGAUUGAGAAUCACAGACUUCUCUUGUUCAGGGGAAGUACUUAAGCAGAUCAUCUUGAAGCAAUCUAGAAUAAGCACUUGCAUAGUGUCUAACAGUCAGGGUUACAGUCUUCCCUGUUUUCCACAAAGAAAGAUCAACAUGCUUUUUGAAUUCAAAAGGAAAAUGGAAUAAAUGGAAUUUUGUAGUUGAUUCUACAACAUCACUGGAUCUCAAGCAAAAUAUAUUUCCCAGUCUUCCCACCAUCUUAUUAAACAGCACAAGAUGAGUAGAAAGAAUGGCAAUUUUUUUUCCUACAGGUAGUUUCAUCUGAUGCCUUACAACACUAAGGGACUUCCUACUUUGCUUUAUGUCAAACUGAAGUGGGUGUUUCUUCUGAAGAAUUCAGCAAUUAACAUCACAGCUGGUCAUGAGAAGCAUAAUGGACAGUGGAGAGUACCAAGUGAAGUUCAAAUCAGCAUGUAACUGUUGAGGCUGGAACUGCUGAAGAUCGAGAUAACUUAUGUGAUCAGGACCAAAACUUCUUGAGCUCUUACAAGGGAAGUAAAACUUGACAUUCAAAGGAGAAGUUCUCUGCCAGAAUUCCUGCAGUGUAAUAAGGGUGUGCAUAGGUGGGUUUCAGUUCUUACAGGCUGUGGAGUGGUCUGUUCUUAUGAAGACCUGUUGUAAAUCACAAGGUAACUGAGGGAGAGGCUGUGGGGAGGAUUCCAACUGUGAUGUUUAAGGCAGCCAUGCUAGUCAAGAAAACUACAAAAGUUACAGGAAACUCCUGUAAGAUUCCUGCAGAGUGACACUUGUAUCACAUAACUGCUGUUAUAAGGAGAUUUGAGUCCUGAAAUGACAGUGAAACUCUUAAUAUGUUAUCCUGUAAUCCUUAUAGAAUAUAAGUCUUUACUUUGGUCCACACUUCCAUGAGAGAAACAGAAGAUGUUGGUAAAGAGAAAAAGGAAUAGUGCAAGAGCUUCAUCUUUGAGUGACUUGUUGAGUGUUAAGUCACUGAUGAUGACUCUCUCUGCAUGUGCACCAAAAUGACACCAAAAGUAGCUGGUGCCCUUUUUAUGAGCCUAUUUAACAUGUGGUUCUUUCAGCAGUCCUUAAAUCAGCCCAGUUUUCCCCAUAAUCCAUAGCUAGGGCAGGGCCCUCUCAGCGGAUGCAUAAUUCACUGCUGCCCAGUUACUUCUGUAUAGCUUCUGUGGUGUUUGUUUCUUCUCUUAAGUGGCACCAGCACAAUGAAGCAGGCACUGAGAUCUUGUUUCUAUGCUCAGUAAUGAACCAUGCAUUGUUCAUGUAUACCUUUAUCAGGUUCUAAAUCUUGCAAUAAACAUAGAUGUCAAAACAUCAUGGCUUUUUCAGGUAUACACUGAAAAAUGAAAAGGUAAUAUGUGUAGCUAUAAAGACACAAACAGUUUUGUUGUGAGUUGUAUUAAAGAAUAAAGUAUUCUUCACUGAAAUCUGCUUGGAUUUUUGCUGCACGAAAAUUUGUGCUAAGGAUAAAAUAGUGGCAUAACUGAUAGAAACAAAGCAUGAGUGGCAAAGACAGUUCUGUGGAGGCACUGUGUAGUAGCCUUGAAGCAGUGGCUCUGUAUAGUCUGUUCAUGACACUUAUUUCUUCAGGUGUCAGUCCUGCAGAUGCAUGGGUACAAAAGAAUUCUUUCCCAGAUAGCAGGGACUGUUCAUUAUAUUAAGAGGAGCUAUGCUUUUGUUAAAACUUGCACAAUUUAACUGGAUAUCCUUAUGAUUAUUGUUGCAGACUGUUGAAAAUCCUUGUCCUGAUUACUACUGAAAAAAAUUGUAUAGACUAAAUUAGCUCAUUAGAUGUUCUAUCAUCUUAAUUCUGAAGGUAGAACAUUCUUUCCUUGGGUCUGUUAACUUUUAUUACAACAAUACAUAGGGAAAAUCAGGACUUUUUUUUAAAGACAGGCAAGUUGCUACUACUUGUUGAACUUUUUUUUUCCUCUUGUGAAGUAAAACUGGGAAUCACAGGAAUAAACUUGCCUUCUGUCAGACUGAAUGUGGCAUUUAAAACUUUUUGGGAGCGCUGUUGAACCAAUUUACGAACUAAAACGGCAGUGCUUAUUUCUGUGCUUAGCACUUGAAAAUCUUGAUGAAGUAUCUGACUUGUAGAAGUACUUCGUAAUGAACUGGACAAGUUUUAAGGUUGCAUACCUAAAACACAAUAAAUUUGCUAAUAAUAAUGAGCUUUCCAAAGAAGUGUAAGUAGAUCACCCUUAUGUAAAUGGCAUGCUAAGACAAGGCUAGUCACUGUCCUAGACUACUUUGAAGGUCUUUAUAUCCUAUGCUUUAAAGCUAAACCGUUUCCUUAACCCAGGUGCUGGGAUCCAUACCUUCAGAUCAAGCUGCAGCAUUGUGGCCUGUGCAAUGUUCCCACUGCACAAGGAGACAAGUUGCUGAGGGCCAGUCUUACAAUAAGAGCCAAAGGGCUUUUGUCUACAGUACACAUAAAUAAGGAAGCAUCGUCCUUUCUCUCACUUCUCUGUGCCUGUAUCCCUCUGUCCCUCCCUAAGGUCUGGAGAGUUGUGCCAUGCAGAUGAAGGCAAGCUGGCUGUGAGCUUCACACACUGUGUUGAAGGUGUCAGUGAUGGAGACCAAAUGGUGCUGGUUCCUUGCAGAUUCUUCUGCUUCCACUCUAUAAAUCCGCUUACCACAACUAGAGUCACUGUUCAUACCAUUAAAACACAGAAUGAAAGCUGUGAAAAGAUUUGUCUCUGUGUGAAUUAGCUUGUAAACGAUGUAAAAAUGGGAAGGAGGCUUUUGUUUCCUGUACUUGGUCAAAUCUGGCAACUAUGCUCUUGUUCAGAUUUGCAGGCUAGGAAAUGUUGUCUUGCCUUCUGGUGCUGGCAUGUUUCUAUACCCUUUCAUAUAUCUCUUGAAAUAUACUUUGUGCAUUGUUUACUAUGGAGCUAGUAUUGAUGGAGAAAAAUGCUUUGAGGUAAAACUGUUUGUAAUUCUCUAUUACUGUGUACAUUUUUUUAAAAUGCAGCAUUUGUUUACCUCAAUUAAUUUAAUGGAAUGGACCAAUAAAUGUAUUGAAAGAUUAUUCCUUUACUUAGAAUAAAGUUUCAUUUUUUUGCAGUCUUCA